AAACAAACAACCUCUGUCUAUCUUCAAGCAAUGGAUGCCCCAAAGACAUAUACACAUCAAGCCCUUUCCACACCGGAGCUCCUCGAGUUGAUAUUGCUGCAGCUUGACUUGCGCACCCUCAUCGCCUCCACUCCACAGGUCUGCCGUGCCUGGGCAGCUCUAGUAAAAGAGUCAUCAUUAAUCCAAGAAGCACUAUUUAUGAAGCCUCUCAGAAAACAUCCCAACAGUGAAAAACAGCUCAACCCACUCUUGGUCGAUGCUUUCCCCCCACUAUUCCAAUAUCAUGAUCCUGAGACCCCUGAAGGGGAAGCAUAUGAAUUGCCCCUCACGACCCUGGAUAUGGUCAAGAGACCGGAGAAGAAAGAGGCAUAUCUCCGACCAGAAGCAAGUUGGCGACGGAUGCUAGUUCAACAGCCCCCAGCAACUACUUUGGCCGUUUAUCAAACUUCAGUCUCCUGUCAAGGCUACUCGGGUAGCUAUACAUUUCUGCAAAGGAAGGACCCUGAGAAGGCGCAAGAAGGGAUCCGAAUGGAUCUUCUGUUUGAUUUGGUAUUGUUAGAUGGAGGCAUUGAUUUUGAAUACUGCUUUCGGGAUCAGGUUGUUUGGUGGCCAUGGAUCCCACGGGCGAGUCACUGGGGAUGGCAAGAGACCUUGCAUGACCUGGGAAAUGUCAGGCUUGCUGAUAUCAUGCUGAGCGGUGGUUGUGCAGUAUCACAUGAUGACACAGAGUCGGAAUCAGAAAGCGAAGAAGAACAGAUUGUGAAGCAGAUCAGGGCUGCUUAUCGUGACAUGGGACUCAAGAAGAAGAAUUUGGAAGGAUGGGAUUCCAAGGAGAACAAGCAGUGGGGUGGGAUGUGGGAUUAGCCAUGAAUUCUUGUAUAAAGAUGAACUACAUUAAGCCAAGAAAUAUAUUUAUUAUA